AUGAUGGACAAUCAUACCACAGCGAGCACAUUCCUUCUGUGGGGGUUUUCCAGUUUCCCAGACUUGCAGGGUCUCCUCUUUGUGAUGAUUUUCUUCUCCCAUGUGACCAUCCUAGCUGCAAAUGUGUGCAUAAUGGUGGCCAUCAAGCUGAGUCACAACCUUCACACCCCCAUGUAUUUUUUCCUCUGUGGCCUGUCCUUUUCAGAAACUUGUACCACUAUGGCAAUCAUCCCCCGCAUGCUAGUGGACUUGCUGUCAGAUAGCAAGGCCAUCUCUCUUCCUGAGUGUGCCACACAGAUGUUUUUCUUCUUUGGCUUGGGAGCCAAUAACUGCUUCAUCAUGGCUGCCAUGUCUUACGACCGUUACACUGCCAUUCACAGCCCACUGCGCUAUAAGGUCUUGAUGACCCAUAAGAUCUGCUUUCAGUUCAUGAUGGCCUCUUGGAUGGCUGGGUUCCUGGUUUCUCUGUGCAUCGUCAUCACUGUAUUCAACUUGUCUUUCUGUGACUCCAACAUCAUCGAGCACUUCUUCUGUGACAUCUCACCUGUGGUCUGCCUUGCCUGUGAUUACACCUCCCAUCACAAAAUGGCUAUUUUUGUGCUCUCUGCCUUCGUGUUGGUGGGCAGCUUUGUUUUCAUUAUGAUGUCCUAGGUCUUCAUUGUGUCCAGAGUUGUGAAGAUGCCUUCUGCCAAGGGGAAGUAUAAGGCCUUCUCCACUUGCUCCUCCCACCUCACUGUGGUGUGCAUACACUAUGGAUUUGCUGGCUUUGUCUACUUGAGGCCCAAGGACAGGGACUCAUUCCGUGAAGACAUGCUGAUGGCGGUCACAUACACAGUGCUGACACCUCUGCUUAACCCCAUCGUUUACAGUCUCAGAAACAAAGACAUGCAGACAGCCCUAAGGAAGGUAUUAGGCAAGACAAAUAGGUUCAUCCCUCAGAUGGGGAGUAGAAGAACGCCAGACAUUAAAAAUGUACAGACUGUUGAUAAAUAA